AUUGCUGGGGAGACCUUUCUCCUCAAGCUUUCAGGACUCUGCUUUUACAAUGGCCUUGGUCUAUCAACCAGUGAUGCAAUUAAGUGGCAUAUUGGUCUCUCUGUUGGGAUGGGUCCUGUCCUGUCUCACCACCUAUUUACCCCAGUGGAAAAACCUUAACUUGGAACUAAAUGAACUGGAGAUCUGGACCAUGGGACUCUGGCAAGCUUGUGUAGUCCAGGAAGAAGGUGGAAUGCAAUGCAAGGACUUUGAUUCUUUCCUAGCUUUGCCUCCAGAGCUCAGGAUUUCUAGGAUUUUGAUGUUUUUUUCCAAUGGAUCAGGGCUUUUGGGCCUUUUGCUCUCAGGAUUUGGUUUGGACUGUUUGAAAAUUGGUGAAAGACAACAGGAACAAAAGAAACGGUUGUUGCUGUUUGGAGGAAUGCUCUUCUGGAUAUCAGGGAUUACAGCUAUCGUCCCAGUUUCCUGGGUUGCCCAUUCCACAGUCCAGGAAUUUUGGGAUGAGAAUAUACCAGAUAUUGUUCCCAGGUGGGAUUUUGGGGAAGCAUUGUUUGUUGGCUGGCUUGCUGGAUUUUGUCUUAUAUUAGGAGGAUCCCUACUUAAUUGCACACUCUGUUCUACUGAAGUCCAUCCAUCUUCGGUCCAUUAUGCAGUAGCAGAACAGCAGGAUCAAUGUCAACGCUUGGAAACUGAAACAAGGCCUUAAAAUGGGAGAUUUUAAGCAGUACAGCAACACUGCCCUAUCUUUUCCAAACCCUAGUGCAAGCCAGAAGCUUGUUCCGGUAGUAAUUCAAAGGACUCUUUGUUAUCCAACUGAUUUCCUAAAUUUCUGUCUGUUUUCUCCAUAAACUGGUGUUGGAAGGUGGUGUGUUUUCUCACUUGUGGAACUGCUUAAAACUGUUGUGCAGCAAAAUGCUGAAGUGUUCACAGACUGCACAGAAAAGGUGCUUUUGCUUUCUUAACUGUACUGUAAAAUCCUGGAAAUGAAUAUGCAUGUUCUCUUACAGAUUUUAACCAAAAUGUGCUUCCUUUUUUUAUGUAACUAAAGCCCCAAAGUUUGACUGCCUGUUGCAAUUUUCCAUUUGACUGAUGCAGUGAUGUAUGAACAGUCUGAAUACCUGCAUUGCAUUGAAAUGGUUUUUUUCUGUGCAUUUGGAAAUGGUAGGUUUCUGAAAUUGUAGCAAGCCUUGCAACUGUCUUUUUGUGCAUGGGGUGUGAUGGUGUGGGUGCUUAGACCCAGCAAGCUGUUUUUCCAGUCUGCCACAUUAAACUGCCCAUACAAAUUAUUCUAAGUGUUUCUGGCACCUGCAUACUUUAUGCAUCAAAAAAUAGACGGAGAAAUGCUGCUUUAAAAAACAGUGUAGCAAUCUUCCUCUGACACAGGUCUUGAGUCAUUAUUAUGCAUGCUAUCCCCCAAGUUCCAUUCACUCAUGUUUGGAACAUGUUGCUGUAUAUUUGACAUUAAACAUAGGACAUUUA